AUGGCUCUCCGCAAUUUAUCCCAAUUGAACGUACAUGAUGAUGACCAGGCUGUUCGCGUCAGGCUCCUGCGUUUAUGGCAUACAAUGAGGUCUGUUGGUGUAACACUUGACCAAAUCCACAUGUUGUUUCUCGACAACCGGGGAACAGAGAUGCAGGCCUUAGUUGAUAUUCUCAAUGUUCAGUUGUUUGCUCCUGUUCUUCACGUGGGAAAGAUUUAUUUCUUGAGCAACUUUUUGGUCCAAGAAUAUGAUGAUACUUAUAGAGUUUCCCCUGCAACUAUCCGAAUCCGCUUUCAUAAUGACACAGUGAUUGAGGAACUCCAGAAUGCACCCGACAUACCAAUAUACAGCUUUCGGUUUUUGGCUGCUCAUGAUCUUCCCUUUGCUGUCCAUAACCAUGAAUAUUUGUCUGAUUUAAUUGGAGAGGUCGAAACUGUUGCACAAGAAGAGGUCAUGUUCGAAGAUGCUGCUAUUUUAAGGCGAAAGGGAGUGCAACUUAAAUUGAUUGAUAUAGAAAAUGUCCCGCUGGCCAUGGACUACACGUUGGAGGACGCUAUAUGGUUAAGUGACAUAUGUUCCAUUUCGAAACUGAAUCUAUACAAGACUGACUUCAACAACCAGGGGAAUUUGUACCUUACUACUGCAACAGUCAAGGAUGUGACUGUAUUUUGGUCAAGUGUGCAUCUCAAGUUUAUGGUGAGGCUGACUGUUGCUACUGGACCUCAUGAGGCUUCUAUCAUUUUUACGACUACCAAGUUCCGUUGGAUAGCAAGCCGUAUCAUUGAGGCCACAGACAAAGAAUGGACCAAUGACUUCAGGAAUCUCCUAGCUGCUCUCAGGGGUAAUUUAUUGAAGCUUAUGAUUGAAUUCGGUGAUUUCAAUGCCCAUGCCAAUGAGUUUGAUUUGGUUCUUCGCAAAUUAUUCUGGUAG